GCCAUGGCCAACACUGAUUCUUCUUCCCCCACCAUUUUCAACGUAAGAAAAACGCCAACCUUCUUCAUCAUCAUUGCUCUUCUCUGCAUCGCCUCCUACUUCCUCGCCGCGUACCACCAAGGAGCGCCCCUCCUCACCACCGCCACCACCGCUUCCCUCUCCCUCUCCGCAUCGUGCAACCACCACACUGCCCAGUCUUCUAGAACGUUCCCACGCUGCAGCGCCAACUUCAGUGAGUACACGCCCUGCGAGGAUCCUCAACGGUCUCUAGGGUACAAGCGGCACAGAAUGAUAUACCGAGAGAGGCACUGCCCCGAGGAGCCCUUGAAAUGUAGGGUUCCUGCCCCUCACGGAUAUCGAAAUCCCUUUCCCUGGCCCGCGAGUAGAGACCGGGCGUGGUUCGCUAACGUCCCCCACCGUGAGCUCACCGUGGAGAAGGCCGUGCAGAACUGGAUCCGCUUCGAGGGCGAGCGCUUCGUUUUUCCCGGUGGCGGAACCACCUUCCCCAACGGUGCCGAUGCUUACAUUGAGGACAUCGGAAAGUUGAUUAAUCUUAGAGACGGCUCCAUUAGAACUGCUCUGGACACUGGCUGUGGGGUGGCUAGUUGGGGAGCGUAUCUUCUCUCACGCAAUAUACAAACGUUGUCAAUUGCACCAAGGGACACCCACGAAGCACAAGUUCAAUUUGCCCUUGAGCGUGGAGUUCCUGCACUCAUUGCAAUUCUUGCCUCUAAGAGGCUACCUUUCCCUUCAAGAGCUUUCGACAUGUCCCAUUGCUCUCGCUGCCUCAUCCCAUGGGCUGAAUAUGAUGGAGUUUUUCUGAACGAAGUGGAUCGAGUUCUACGCCCUGGCGGGUAUUGGAUUCUGUCUGGGCCACCAAUCAACUGGAAGAAAUACUGGAAAGGGUGGCAAAGAACGGAGAAGGAUUUGAACCAAGAGCAGACCAAGAUUGAGGAGGUAGCCAAAAGCCUUUGCUGGAACAAGCUAGUGGAGAAGGAUGAUAUAGCUAUCUGGCAGAAACCCAAGAACCAUUUACAUUGUAAGCUCGCACAAAACCGCUCUUUUUGCACUGCACAAAAUGACCCUGACAAAGCCUGGUAUACCGAUAUGCAGACAUGUUUGAGUCGUCUUCCUGAAGUGUCAAACAAAGAAGAGACUUCGGGUGGGGUGGUGGAUGAUUGGCCGAAGAGAUUGAAAUCCACCCCACCCAGGAUUUUCAGGGGUACCAUAGAAGGGGUUACAGAAGAAACCUUUUCAAAAAAUUAUGAGCUGUGGAAGAAAAGGGUAUCGUAUUACAAGACAGUGAACAAACUACUAGGAACCGGGAGAUACCGUAAUAUUUUGGAUAUGAAUGCUUAUUUGGGUGGAUUUGCUGCUGCACUAAUUGAGGACCCUGUUUGGGUCAUGAAUGUGGUUCCUGUUCAGGCGAAGGUUGACACACUUGGAUCAAUAUACGAACGUGGCUUGAUUGGAAUAUAUCAUGACUGGUGUGAAGCAAUGUCUACUUAUCCUAGAACUUAUGAUCUAAUUCAUGCUGAUUCAGUGUUCAGUCUUUACAGUAACAGAUGUGAGUUGGAAGACAUUCUGUUAGAAAUGGAUAGGAUUGUUCGACCUGAAGGAUGUGUUAUCAUACGAGAUGAUGUUGACAUGCUGGUCAGAGUAAAGAACAUUGUGAAUGGAUUGGAAUGGGACAGUAUAAUUGUCGACCAUGAAGAUGGGAAUCUUAAGAGGGAGAAACUUCUAUUUGCGGUCAAGAAGUAUUGGACGGCUCCACCACCACCUUCCGACAACAAAAAUUAACUAUUUUUUUUAAUUGAUUUUUUGCUUUUAGUUUCCUUUUUUAAAUUUAUUUAUUUUUCCUUUUUUACUUAUAUUUUUUUCCGGGAAGGUAGGGUACAUGCAAGCACACUUACUUAUUUACUAUGCAAAAUGUAACUGUGAAAAGUGCAACUUGCAGUUAUGGUUGUGUUAUACAAUUAUUGAGUGACUA